AUGGAGUCAUUGCUCAAUCAAUCCCGAGCCAUGUGCCCGUUCUUGAAGAGAACGUCGCCGGCUGCCCUGCGAUCGCUGUCGAUGUCCACCGGUUACAGCACCGGGCCUCGUGGCGGAACAAUGUCCAAUUUGCAGGUGAUUGCCCGCCGCUGUCCCGUUAUGAGCAAGGCUCUGGCAGUGCAGAGCUCUCGUCACCACUUCAGCACCGCCGCCGGUGGUGCUGGAGCCGGAGCCCCCGUGAACUUCAAGACUUUUGAAAAGGUCUCUCGCUGCCCAAGAAGCCUACACACUACUGCAGGAAAUGGUGCCAGUGUCGAGAUGGGCGGUACCUAUGAGAAGAAUGGCCGACUCCAUCCUCACCCUCCUCCCGUGGAUGCUGGCAAGACUCGGGCUCACAAGCCCGAGGUUCCCUUUGCUGGUCCUGGCUCUCACCCUCAGUCUCCUGCGGGGUUCAAGUUCGAUUACGAAGCCUUUUACCAGAAUGAGCUAGACAAAAAACACAAGGACAAGUCAUACCGCUACUUUAACAAUAUCAAUCGCCUGGCUAAAGAAUUCCCUCGAGCUCAUAUGGCGGCUGCCGAGGAGAAGGUGACGGUUUGGUGCUCCAACGACUACCUUGGAAUGGGACGAAACCAGGCGGUUUUGAAAAGCAUGCAUCAAACUCUCGAUCGCUACGGAGCAGGUGCCGGAGGCACACGUAACAUUUCCGGCCACAAUCAGCACGCCGUUCAGCUGGAGAAGACAUUGUCGAAAUUGCACCACAAGGAAGCAGCCUUGGUAUUCACUUCAUGCUAUGUUGCUAACGAUGCAACUCUUGCAACACUGGGGAGCAAGCUGCCAGACUGUGUGAUUCUUUCCGACAGUCUGAACCACGCUUCGAUGAUUCAGGGUAUCAGACAUUCUGGCGCUAGGAAAAUGGUCUUCAAGCACAAUGAUAUGGUCGAUUUGGAGACAAAGCUGGCAUCGCUGCCGGCACAUGUGCCCAAAAUCAUCGCAUUUGAGUCAGUUUACAGUAUGUGUGGAUCCAUUGCACCUAUCGAGAAGAUAUGUGACCUGGCGGAUAAAUACGGCGCCAUUACAUUUUUGGACGAAGUGCAUGCUGUUGGCAUGUAUGGUCCUCAUGGAGCAGGUGUAGCAGAACACCUGGAUUACGAUAUUUAUGCAUCUCAAGACAGUGCCAACCCGCUCAGCACUAGAGGCACUAUCAUGGACCGAAUUGAUAUUAUCACCGGCACCCUUGGCAAGGCUUAUGGCUGCGUUGGUGGCUAUAUCGCCGGUUCGUCUAAGCUAGUAGACACCAUUCGGUCCCUAGCACCGGGCUUCAUCUUCACGACCUCACUGCCGCCUGCCGUCAUGGCAGGUGCUAAUGCGGCAAUUGAGUACCAGGCUGUCCACCGCCGAGAUCGUGUCCUUCAGCAGCUACACACCAUGGCGGUGAAGGAAGCUUUCAAGGAGAUAGACAUUCCGGUCAUCCCUAACCCGUCCCAUAUUGUUCCUCUACUUGUGGGUGAUGCGGAGCUUGCCAAGCAGGCUUCUGACAUGUUACUCGAAGACCACGGCAUCUAUGUUCAAGCCAUCAACUAUCCAACUGUCCCGCGUGGCGAGGAGCGUCUUCGCAUCACCCCGACCCCCGGACAUACCAAGCAAUACCGCGACGAACUUGUACAGGCGGUGAACACUGUCUGGGACCAACUGGGCCUCAAACGCACCAAUGAGUGGAAGGCACAGGGAGGAUUCGUCGGGGUUGGAGUUGAAGGCAUCGAGGCCAAAAACAAGCCUAUUUGGGAAGAUGCGCAGCUUGAACUGAAAACGAAUGAGAGCAUCGAAGAUGCAGUUACACGAGAAUUCCAGAAUCAGGCACGCGAAGAAGAGCAGCAGUUAGUUACCAACGCUGUUCGUUCUAUGCAGACUGGUGGUACUACUAGUUUUGCCGCGACUCGCACCUUCGGAACUGCGCCCAUUGGAGUCGCUGCCUAG